AUGGCGACGGAGGUUGGUCGCAGGGAGGAGGCGGCGGGAGGCGAAGGUCGGCGGGCAGGGGCAGAGCACGGGGGAGGAGGGGAGGGGGGAGGGGAGGGAUGGGAGCGAGGGGAGGGAGGAGGAGGCGUAGAGUGGACGGUAGAUGAGGGAGACGAGAGGCAGGAGAACCAAGGGGAUGCCAGGAUGCGAGCACUGUGUAUCGCCUGGGCAAGCAGAUAUGCCAUGACGGAGCGAGACGAGGAAGAAGGCGAGCCGUGCGAAGGGAAGCAUGGACGAGGAGGGGGCACAGGCCAGCCCUUGGCGGCUGAUGAGGGAGGCAUGUGCGGACAUGGUAUCAGCAUACAUACAGGGCCAGAGACGAAGCAAGGGGAGCGAGCGAGGAGGACGCGGGCUGACAGGAGGGUAUUGUGGUCUUCGGCGGGCAUGUCGGAGCUCAUGUCGCCCGAGGCAGCGAGUGCUUGA